AUGGACUUAUUUGAAUUUGACACAGUUUCUGCCUAUCCUGGAUAUAUUUUUGAAAUUGAAAAACAAUCACUCAUUGGUAGGCAAUCAUCAUGUGGGACAAAAAGAAAUUUGGAUGGUAGCAAUAUUGUGGUAUUAUUGACCAAUCCUUUGAAUGGAGAUGUGAAAUUCACUGUGCAUGCGUAUUUAAUAAAUGAAGCUGGUUACUAUUAUGAUGUUAAUCAAAAUUACUUGGAUGGCCAAAAAAAAAUUGAGCAUUAUAAUAACUCUUCAGGAAUAUUGAGAUUUAUUUUCCGUAACUUGGGCAUCAGAAAGACUGGCCAAUGGAGGUUAUUAUACGCUUUGAAUGUGAAAAUUGAUGAAAAAGAGACAGUUAUGUUAUUAGUUAAGACAUGUCCUAUUCGGAUUUUAUCCUCCAAAGCUUAUUUGGCCCAGAUCCAGCUCAACCUAAUUGAAAACGUUAACUGA